UUCACAGCACGGAACUAUUUUCAUCAUGAGAUUUGUCGUUGACUUUAUAAAUUAAAUAAUUAUGCAUACGUGAGACCUGGCUAAACCGUGGAUACUGGGAUAGGUAAUGAAGGUGGGCGUGAUGGGUUGCGGUGGUAGCCGAGCGAGCCGCCUGGUCUCCCCGCUCAGCAAAGCCGUGAUCUCCUGGAAUGGGACGGCGCCACAACCAACCACCCUGCAAAUUAAAGAGCGUCUACGUCUCUUGGGCACCAAAGAUGCAGCAGUACAGGUUGGUAAAGCUCCAGCUCUGGCAGAUAAGAACACACAAACAGACGCUGUUCACUUCACCGAAGAAGAUCUGGAGACGUUACUGGAAGAUGAUGCAGAGGAACCGGAGAUCACGGAUGUUGAAACACAAACGAAUCCUACCUCACACCACGGAGGAGGAGAUAAUGUUAAGAGCGUACUCAUGCAAACUGACAACGAAAAAAGUGGAAGUGUCAAAUUUUAUCAAAAGCGACAGUUACUAGAUACUCAGGAAGUCAACAUCAUUACGAUUGAUAUCGGAGUCCAAGCCGUUAAACCACUUAGUGACCACUGCACACAGACUUAUCGCAUUUCUAUGAUGGAGUUCGAGAGCGCCGGUUGGCGACUCGACUACACCUCAAAAUCGGGUAAGAAACUCGGAAUUGUUGCCAACAAGCGGUUAUCGAAGAUGGCGGAUUUCGAGUCGCAGACAGACCCCGUCACGAGAGCCCUGGCAGCCAAUGCCGCGGGAAUCGAACCCAACGUUUUCUCAUCCAUGGACAGCAUCUCCCCCAUCGCCCACAUUCACAAGGAACUCGGGAAUACGGGGCUUAAGUCCUCGCAGGUGUCAAAGUCGGCAAUCCACGAGAGUAUUGCUCGACUUCUGGAAGACGUGGAGGAUUCGAUGCGUAGCGAUUCCGAAAUCGACGGUCGAUUCCUCGGGGGUUACGCAGAACCUUUGGUAGUGAAAUGUGAUGCUGGGAUUCAGACUGACAAUGACCCUAUUACUGACGAAGCUCCAGAGUUUGCGGCACGACCUCCACCCUGUAAAAAGAAGGAAAUGAUUCCAUGCAUGUCUGUCUUUAACGAAAUAGAUUUGCAUGCGCUUCAGGUUCCCGAGUCGGCCCUAGUCAAUGUGCGUACCCUUGUCAAUUAUUUAAAAACUGGUGUCGAAAAUGAAACCGGGCUUGUGCGAGCUUUCUUCAGAUGGAUUGCAGCCAAUAUCACGUAUGAUUGGAGGUACAUGGAUAUCAAGUUAUCGGCAGAAGAGGUUUUGCAGAGACAAGAGGGUGUAUGCAAAGAUUACUGCAAACUUUUUUCAGAAAUGUGCAGGAUAGCUGGAAUUCGUGUCAAAACACUAAACGGUUUCGCCAAAGGUUAUGAUUACCGGCCAGGCCAUCAAUUCGUUCCUGGAGAAGACGUCACGCAUGCUUGGAAUGCAGUCUUUAUUUUUGGUGCUUGGCGUUUCAUUGACACAACGUGGGGAACAGGCUACACCGAUCACACGGGAAAGUUCCAACAGAAAUUGAACGAGCAUUUCUUUUUAACGGACCCAGAAGUCAUGAUCUGGACACAUUAUCCAUAUGAUGAGAUGGAGAAUAAUUACAGCAGAGAAUAUACACAAUUGUCUUUUUUUAGGUGGCAACUUUUAGAUGUAGUCGUAAGUUUGGAGGAAUUCAAUGCUUUGCCAAAAGUCACUCCAUACUUUUUCGACUUCAACAUGAAAAUAAGAUCAAGACCUCAAAAUCCAGUUGUUUUUAAAGUGCACAAAGAAGUAAAAAUUGCUGCUCACGAACCGAUGCGCUGGAAAUACAAGCUUUACCCUGCGGAUGAAAUCGAAAAUGCUUCAUUAAACAACUAUGUCUUCUGUCAACUUAAAGAAGACAGACUUGUUGGUUCAUUCGCUGUUACGCCACCUGUAGAAGGACGAUAUUACUUUAAAGUGUAUGCCAAACCUGAGAGAGAAAUGAAAGAAGAAUGCAACUUGCACAAUGUAGUAAUAUUUUUAUUAGACUGUUUAGUGGCCAAGAAGUACAUUCAGCCGUUCCCGCACAACGAUGUGCCGUGGGGGCCGACACAAUGCUUCUAUGAUUACCGGAUUAAAAUGGUUAAUCAAAGUGGACCCAUGAUUGUCACCUGGGGGGGCAAACGCAAACUUAUACUUGAAGUCAAGGAUGUUAUGCUCAUUACGUAUCAGUUGUUGGAUGUCGAAAGUAUUGAAAUGGACUCCAAAGACAUCAUCAGGAGAGAAGAUAAAGAAAAUAGAGUCAGCUUCACGUUUACCCCACUAAGAGUUGGCAUGUACAAGUUCCUCAUAUUCGGUAUGCCGAAACCAAAACAGAAGGGCAAAUGGAGAUUGCCCCUGUUAGCAUCAUACCUCAUUGACUGUAAAUUCACCAGGCAAUUAUAUGAUGAAGAUUUCCCCCCGCCUCAGGUCAAAAUACCAGAAAAGGAAGAACCACCGCCUGAGCCGCCGAAAAAAGACAAAAAGAAAAUUAAAAUUGCUUUUCUCAGGUGAGAAAUUGUAUAUAAGGACAAAAAUGUCUGCCAAUCGCAAUCGCCGUUAGUCCUGCCAUGACUAACAAAUAGCAUCAAAGUGCUUGGAUCCGAUAUUUCUACAAAAGAGUACGCCUUAAUAAAUUGAAGAAAAGAAGAAGUACAUUUCGUAAAUGUAAAAGUUUUAUGUGAUGAA